AUGUUUACAAUUUUGGGUGGUGGUUUUGGAGGUGAUGUCAGGGCAGCGACCAGUGAACGAAUAUGGGGUCGUGAUGACGGAGUGGGUUUCAGAUUUUGGGAAAAUAAGAUUUUGUUUGGGGUAGAAUGGAUAUUACAUGGCGAUCAAUCCGCUCCAGACACAGUUAGAGGUUUCACUUGUGAAGAGAUUCCAAACAACCUUCGUGAACUACGACACAACAUCAAUAGAGACUUGGAUGCCCUAAACCAUGAAGUUGAUGAUGUUAGGGCAGAGCAGCUCGGUCUGUCUAACAUGGUUGCUGAUUUGAAGAAGCAUUUGUGUUCACUACAAGCAUCAUAUGCCAGCAUCAUCUUGGGUAAAAACAAGUGCAACAAAGUCAAAUGGGUUGUUAGGGUGUUAAGCCACGAGUUCUUAAAAUGA